AAUUACAGUCAUUAGAUCAAUCAUUGAUAGGACUUAUACGAUAUGGAAGAACCUAUCAAGUUUGAUAUCAAAGAGGUUAAGUCUGAUCUUUUGCGCGCGAUAAACGAAUGUUCUCAACGUGGAUUAUUGCACACCACAAAAUGGCUAGCAGAAUUGAGUUAUUCCUUAAAAGACGUCAAACCAAAUGUUCAUGACAUUACCGCCGAUGUGUAUUUGUCGGAUACAGAAGAAGAAGAGGAUACAUAUAUUUUGGCAAAAACGUAUUUCGAUUUAAAAGAAUAUGCUAGAGCGGCUUAUUUUACCGAACAAUGUAAAACUUCGAAAGUUAGAUUUCUACAUUUAUAUUCUCGCUACUUAUCAGGCGAAAAGAAAAAGAUUGAUGACAUGACUGUAGUGCCCCCGGAUCCUUUGAAAAAUGAUAGUUUAAAAUUGUUAUGCGCGGAUUUGAGGAAAGAUCACUUGGAUGAUAAACUCGAUGGUUUUAGUCUUUAUCUCUUUGGUGUAACUUUGAAAAAGCUACAACUUACCAGAGAAGCUAUGGAUGUGUUGGUCGAGGCAGUCCACAAACAACCAAUGCAUUGGGGAUCAUGGUUAGAAUUAGCUUCUUUAAUUAUUGAUAGAGAAAAACUGGAAAAUCUAUGUCUACCUGAUCAUUGGAUGAAACACUUCUUUAUGGCUCACAUGUAUUUAGAGUUGCAACUGAUCGACGAAGGUUUAGCUUUAUAUUAUGAAUUACAGUCAAUGGGGUUCAAGAAAAAUGGAUAUGUGCUUGCUCAAACUGCAAUUGCAGUACAUUACAGGAGAGAUGUUGACAAUGCGAUAGAGACAUUUAAAAGGAUAAUAAAAGAAGAUCCUUACUGUUUAGAUAAUAUGGAUACAUAUUCUAAUUUACUUUAUGUAAAAGAAAUGAAAGUUGAACUAGCAUACUUAGCUCACAGAGCAACAGAAAUAGAUAAAUACAGAUUAGAAACAUGUUGCAUAGUAGGAAAUUACUAUAGUUUAAGAGGAGAUCAUCAAAAGGCAGUGAUGUAUUUCCAUAGGGCAUUGAAAUUAAAUCCGCAGUAUCUUUCGGCUUGGACGUUACUUGGUCAUGAAUUCAUGGAGAUGAAAAAUACGAACGGUGCCAUUCAUAGCUACCGCCAAGCUAUUGAAAUGAAUAAGCGAGAUUACAGAGCAUGGUAUGGCUUGGGUCAAACAUACGAAAUUUUAAAAAUGCCCUUUUAUGCGCUCUACUAUUAUAAACAGGCUCAGCUUUUGAGGCCACAUGAUAGUAGAAUGGUGCUAGCUUUAGGAGAAGCGUACGAAAAGCAAGAUAAAAUACAAGAUGCGCUGAAGUGUUAUUAUAAAGCAUGUAAUGUUGGCGAUAUCGAGGGAAUGGCACUGUUGAAACUAGCUACAUUGUAUGAAAAGUUAGGUGAACAUGAUCAUGCGGCAGCAGCUUAUACCGAUUUCGUGAUGGAUGAAUUUAGAAAUGCGGACAGGACCGAUUUAAGUCACGCGUAUAAGUAUUUAACUCAGUAUCACUUAAAACGAGAACAAUUAGAUCAGGCAAAUCACUAUGCCCAGAAAUGUUUACAAUUUGAUGAAACGAAGGAAGAAGCUAAAACACUAUUGAGAACGAUUGCUCAGAAAAGAGUAAAAGUUGAAGAAACUUCGAUGGUGGUGGAAGAUAUGAAUGAAACGGAUCCCGUUAUUGAACAAGGAGAAAGGCCAGAUACUACACCAGGAAGUCAGUUAUCACCGAUGAACUUGUCAUUCAUGCCAACACCGUAAGAUAAGGGAACGAUAGUGAAUCGUUUUUCUCGCUUUUAUAACAAUAUCACCGGUAGUAGUUGUUCCUCAAAAUAUUAUUUAAGAUCUUCGAAGAACUAACAUUGACAGGUAAGUCCAUAAAUUCAGGAUAGUCAUAAUAGAGAUGUCUCAUAGGC